GAACAUCGAAACAACAGCUCCGACAAAAUGGUGCAACAGAGGUUUGUUCUGGCGACGAUGAUGUUUCUUGCCCUCGGCGUAACAUUUGCCAUUCGCAUCAGCUUUUCGCUUGUAUUGACACAGAUGGUUUACAUUCCAAACGCGAAUGCGAAUGCAAAUAAUGGAACAGCUGAUCCGAACGGUCAACAGAUCUGUCCAAUUAAAGACGAAUCGACAUCUCCGAAUCAAACAACCAGUUCGGUUGGAGACAACAGCAAUCGUUUUCAGUGGUCUCAACAGUUGCAAGGCAUAAUUUUAUCAUCGUUCUUCUUGGGUUAUAUUUUAAGUGAGAUUCCAGGUGGCAUUUUGGUGCAAAAAUAUGGUGGAAAGCUUGUCUUAUUGAUUACCACCUUCUUAUCGGCAAUUGUUGUUGCGUUGACACCUUUUGCUGUUGCCCAUGGUGAAGCUAAUGGGUUGAUCGCAACGCGCGUUUUGGUUGGAUUUUUACAAGGUCCUUUACAUCCAUCCUUAUCUUCUUUUGGAAUCUCAUGGUUUCCAAUUGAACAGCGCGGUCGAUUUAAUUCCAUGGUUUUUAUUGGAAUUUCGGCCGGGAGUUUUAUUUCUUCAUACCUUGCUGGUAUUGUUAUUUAUCAAACCGGCCGAUGGGACAUGGUAUUCUACGGGUUAAGCGUUGUUACUGCUGUUUGGUGUUUGUUUUUCACUUUCCUGUGUUACGAACAUCCCGAUGAACAUCCAUUCAUAAAAGACAAGGAAAAAUCAUUUUUGAAAGAUAAAACGAUCGGUUACUUGGAAGCAGACCGUAAAAAUGUACCGCCGACACCUUGGAAAGCAAUUAUCACCAAUACUCCGGUGAUAGCAUUGCUUGUGUGCUCUGGUUUAUACAGCUGGGCGUACUAUGUUGUAAAUUCAGAUCUACCAAAAUAUUUAAAUGAUGUGUUACACAUUCCAAUUCAGAAGAAUGCUGUUUAUUCGUCUGUGCCGCGAAUCGCAAAUAUUUUCGUUUCGAUAUUCUCCGGUUUCAUCAGUGAUUGGAUGUAUGUGCAUCGUGGCGUCAGUUUAACGAACAUUCGGAAAAUAUUUGCUGCUUUGUCUUCAUUUAUUCCAUCGAUAUUUGCCAUUGCUGCAUCUUAUGCUGGAUGUGACGAGCUGCUGGUUGUAACUCUGUUGACAAUAUCGAUUGCCGGACAAGGUUUCAACUCCGCUGGUACAAUUUUGAAUCUAUUUGAUUUGGGUCCAAACUACAUUGGUCCAUUAAAUGGCAUUGCCAAUAGUGUAUCAUCAAUUGCGGCUCUUCUCGCACCAUAUGUCGUUGGCAUAUUGACUCCACAUGCCUAUUUAUCAGAGUGGCGAUUAGUAUUCUGGCUGACAUGUGCACUACACCUAUCGAAGACGGUUAUUUUCACAAUCUGGGGAUCUGCGGAAGUUCAACCAUUCAACUCACCAUAGAAAACUCCCAAAUAAUCCCGUUUGUAAAUGUGUUCCAAAUUUCCUCUUAUAUGAUGUGAGUCAUAUCGCUUUCAAAAUUUGUUCAAGAUAAGAUUAUCUUAUUAGAGUCAUUUGAA